ACAAAGUUCACUUAUUCCUUUGCCUUAUCCAAAGAUUCCAAACUAUAACAACCAGUCAAAAAAUUUAAAAUACACCACAAAGUAACAAACACGGCCACUUUUCUCAAAUUUUAAGAUUUUUUUUCCCUACAGUGACACGUCACCGAUAAGUGUCUGAACUCUCACACAAUUUUGGCCUAUGAGAAGAAGAAGCUGUUUAGAACUUUGAGGUUUGAAUUUCUGUUACCCAACUGUUUUUAUAAAUGCCUCACUGACUCGACCCAAGUCUCAAAAGCUUCCAUGUCCUACAAAUGGCUAUCUAAACUAGUACUACUUUUUCAGUAAAAAAAAAAUACUACUAGUACCACUUUCAGUCAAAAUGGAAGGUUCUGAGUUCACUGAGUUGGUCCCUAGUUUGCCUGAAGAACUCGGUCUCGAGUGCUUGACUCGGCUACCAUACACUGCUCACCGAGUCGCCUCCCGAGUCUGCAGAAGAUGGCGUGAGCUGCUACAAAGCAAGGAUUUUUAUCACCACAGGAGGAAAUCUGGGCACACCCACAAAGUGGCUUGCUUGGUUCAGGCUCUUCCGAGUGCCACUGGGCGAAAGCGGAGCGAGUCACCGAGUUACGGGAUCACUGUGUUCGACCCGGUGAGUGAGACUUGGGAACGAGUCGACCCGGUUCCCAAGUACCCAGAUGGGUUGCCUUUGUUUUGUCAGUUGGCAAGCUGUGAAGGCAAGCUGGUUUUGAUGGGUGGGUGGGACCCAGCGAGUUACAACCCGGUCACUGAUGUGUUCGUUUACGACUUCACGACUCGUCGUUGGAGACGCGGCAACGACAUGCCGUCUAAGCGCUCGUUUUUCGCUAUCGGAGCCUUUUCGGGUCGGGUUUACAUAGCGGGCGGGCAUGAUGAGAACAAGAACGCGUUGGAAUCGGCGUGGGUUUACGAUCUGAGGAAGGACGAGUGGGCUGAGUUGACUCGGAUGAGCCAGGAACGAGACGAGUGCGAAGGGGUGGUGAUUGGGAACGAGUUCUGGGUGGUGAGUGGGUACGGCACCGAGUCACAAGGCGGGUUCGAGGGGAGUGCUGAUGUGUACGAUUUCGGGUCGGGCAAUUGGACCCGAAUGGACAUGGUUUGGGAGCCGGGUCGGUGCCCGAGGUCAAGCGUUGGUGACGAGGUGAGGAAAGAUGGGAAACUGGUGAGUUGGGCUGAGUCGGACUCGGCGGUCCGAAUUAGAACGUGUGGGGUAAUGUUGGGGACGAAAUUGACCCUGGUGACAGGGUCUGAGUACCAAGGUGCACCACAAGGGUUUUAUAUAUUGGAUGGGCAAAAUGGUAAAUUGGUCAGGAUUAGUGUACCUGAUGAAUUUUCUGGCUUUGUUCAAUCCGGGUGCUGUGUGGAAAUUUGAUAUGCUACCUUUGAUCUAUCUAUAUAUGAACAAGCAAAAUAUAAAGGUAGUUGUUGUUUAUGUUAAAAAAAAAAUUAUUUAUAUAUGAGAGAGCUUGAGAAAUGUUAUAGGAACAUAAUAUAAAGAGUUGUGUGUAUUUAUUUUUGUUUUUAUUUAGUUUUAAUAGAGAGCUGUUCCUCAAAAAAAAAAAAAAAAAAAAAAA